AGGAGGGAGGGAGCAUGGCCGUCCUGGCCCGGCUUCAAGAGCGGCUGGCGGGUCUCCGGGAGGAGUAUUUCCUUAUGAAGAGAGCUAUAGAUGAAAACAAAGUAAUGAAGUACAAAGCUGCUGUCAAGAUCCAGCGCUGGUUUCGAGCAUGCGUAGUCCGAGCCUAUCUGAGACGUCUGAGCAAAAUGGCGACUGUGAUACAGAAGUGGUGGAGAGGUUAUCUAAGAAGAAAACACUUCAGAGAAAUAGUGGAGAGAGCAUAUUUUAUUAAGAAGCUGAAUUUCUACAAUCAAAUGGCUGUCAGGAUCCAGAAAAUGUGGCGAGGCUAUUAUGUUCGGAAGUAUAACCAUAAUUUUUAUGCACUGAAGAAAUACCUGAAGGCUGUUUCUGUGAAUAACGAGCUUGUCAGGAGUGAACUUCAAGAGUAUGCAGAAAUGAAGGAAAAUGAAGACAAAAUGAAAGACCUAGAAAAGAAAGAAAAGGAAAAGAAAUACCAAGCCCGAAAGAUGCAUUACCUCCUUAGCACUGAGCAGAUUCCAGGCAUCUACAAUUCACCAUUCAGAAAAUCCCCAGAUCCAAUGGAACUGCUGCUACGGAAGUCAAAGCCACUGACCCACAGAAAACAGCAAGUGAAGAGUCCCUUUGCCUAUGGGCUCAAUGACUGGCCAACUUGUAAAAAGCCUCCAGCUUUCGUCACAGAACUGCCUCUGCUACCUACUGACAGACAGAAACCUCAGGGGCCUUUCCGCAAUCCUGCUGAAGUGGUGCGGCAGCGCUACAAGCCUUUGGAGCCAACCCUGCGAGUAGCAGAAUCAAGCAAUUCACCACCAGCCAAGGCCAGAGGGGAAUGGAGAAAUCCCAUACAUGACAAUGAAUUUCUGCCGUUUUCGUCGUACCAUAAAAAUGAUGAAAAGUAUGAGCCAUUACUUCAUAGGUCAGGCAAAUAUGGCCAAGAAGCUUAUGGAACUAAACAUUUCAGAGAAGUGUGUCCUAAGAAGUGGAUAGCAGACAAGGACUUUGAAACACUGUUUUCAUCGAUUGCUCUCUUUGAAAAGUUUGGAAAAACUUACUCCAGCACUGGGCAAAUAGCAUAGUUGUCCUGGAAACUACAAACUAUAAGACACAUAAAAAGUAGUCAAUAAAUGUAUUUCAGCAAAUAUACAGCAGCAUGUUGACUGAAUGUCCCAUAAAAUACACCUUUUGUGAUUUGUACUGUGUCUGAAGUAAUGUUAAGUGAUUUUGCUUGAUAUUUAGGCAAUAUGGCUUCCAAGAUUUAUCAAAAAUAUUUAUUUUUUAAAAAAAUUUAUCUUAAGAAAAUUAUUUCUGCUAUAUUUUAUUUAGUAUUAACAACUUAGGAUACAAAACCAGAGUCAUCAAAUAAAAUACUCGGAAUCACAUUUCUUUAUUACACAUUUGUAAGUGAGGUUAACUCUAAAAAAGAAAAAAAGUUUAGAAAUUUAUAUCUCUUUUUUUUCUCACAACUAUAAACAUAUCUGGUUCAUCAGGGUUGUUCAUCAUCUUCAGUCUUGUUGGGUAUCCUUAACCAAUCUGUGACUUCAGAAGUGCAGGAUAGGCAUCUACAUGGAAGAUAAAAUACUAUUUAAAAUCCUGUUAGCAUUUCUGUGGGUGAAAGAAUUUCAGUCUUGAAAAAAAAAAGAGUUCUGAAAACAUAUAUACCUUAUUACUGGAUCAGUUUUUCUAUUUCCACUUAAUUUCCUUUAUCACUACCUGUGCAUUUACUCCUAGUCCCGUAUGCUGUGAGUACAUAAUCGUGUGAUGCUUGGUCAGAAGAACACAUUUGAUGACACAAAACUGAUACUUGUUUCCUCUGUCCAUUAGCAAGCAGUCCUGCAAAAUAUUGAGUAUCGUCAGAGCCCGUCCACUUCAAAAGGCUCAAGGAAUUCAGCAUCAUGGGAAGAUCUCAGCAUAUCUAAAGAUCAAACUAUAAGCUGAUUCUUAAAAUCAUGUGAGUGAAUUUUUACAGGAGUUUUAUGCUGAGUUUUCUAUGAUACCAUAUUUGCUUUUCAUUUCAUUUGACUAUAUUUGAAUCAAAUAUAUCUGUUUAUCUGUUAUUUAGUGGUAGGCUUUUUAUUACUAGUUUUUUUCAUUUGAUUCUUCUGGCCCCUAUAAAUGUGAAGAAAACCUCAAUGUCUGCUUGUAUCAAUACUUUCUGAACCUGGUCUAGUGGAAAGUGUGCCUGCUCAUGGCGUGGAGGUUGGAACUGGAUGAUCUUUAAGGUCCCUUGCAACCUCAGCCAUCCUAUGAUUCUAUAAACUAGGAGUCACAAAUUUCCCUUCUCUAGGUUUUUGCCUGCCAGGCUAUCUGAAAAAGUUUUACUGCUACCACACACCAUAGUAAAAGCCCUUCCAACUCCAUUCCAGCAGGUUGCAACAGCAGACACUGGGCUUUACUGGUAUUACUUUAUGGAGUUUGUUGUUUUGAAGCUUUAAAAAGUUUAUUUGUAUUAAGAAAAAUUAAGUCUGGAAAGUGGGAAGCAGCCACCCCAGCUGCUGAGUUUCCCAGAUAAGAUUUAAUCUGAUCCAAUGUAUCAGAGUGCUUUAGUUGUUCCUGGAAGGGAUUGAACAUGAGACACUUGUGCAAAACUGUUGAUGAAUAAAGAUGGCACAGUAAUUUUUAUAUGUGAGAGCUAUCUAUUUGAUUGCUCCAGCUUUAAGGUAGUUCAUUACAGUAAUUCACCCUGUGUUGCCUCUUUAACUUCCUACCACAGUUUCCCAUCAGUCCGAUUAGAAAUGGCAAUGCCUUUAUCAGAUUAAUCUUUCUCUUUCUUCCUUUCAGUAUCUCUGACCCCAGGACACAGCAAAGCCUCCCACUCAGACCGUACUGUAGGGUGGUAGUGCUCAUAGCUGAGGGUCCAGAGCGCAGAAGGAGGUUACACACUUCCAGUGGGAAUUGUUUGAUACACAGACACCUUUCCUCCUCUUACCAAAAAAAUACCAAAGCUUUUCUGUUUCUGUGUAGAUAACCAGAAACAUUCUUACAUAAAAACCAGGUCUGUUUACUUUAUUAGAUAAAUAAGCAUCCACAAAACUAAUAAAGUAGCAAACGUAUUACCUGUGAGGUUUGGAUUUUGGGCAUCUUUUGCAAAUUGUAUUUCACAGGGAACCCAAUUUUCUUUAUCUGGAGUUCAAACAGAAUUUAUGUCAUUCAUGAGCACAUAGCAUCCAAACUAUUUUGUGUGGCCACAGUAUAAUCCCGGAAUCCUUUUAUUUCUCAUUAAGUAUAUCCAUCACUUUCUCAUUUACAUUUAGACAAACUAUUUAAUAAUUAUUCUAGAGGGGCCAUUUUGUUUUGCUGUCUUGCUUAAAUCAAAAUGUUUUACAGUUUUAACUAAAGCCAGUUAAAGCUAAAAUUUUGAUAUUUCUAUUCACUGCAGUAAUAUAAUGAACAAGAUAGGAAGAAUUUUGAUGAUGUCCUUAUGUAACCAACUGUCUAUCAGUAUAAAUACUGAUAGUGUAAGUGGUUUUACUUUACUCCUGUAUAACUUUCUUACUGAUAUAGUUUCCCCUUCUGUUUUAAUUAUCAAAUUGCUUUUUCGAGUAUAUUUGAAUAAUGUUUUUUUUAACAUUUUGUAUA